CGCCCGAGAUUCGUCCGAUUGAUUCGAUAAGAAUCACUAGGUGUUGGGUUCAAUUCGGGAGGGCAGAUUUUAAAUCAUCCAAAUAGACCAGAACAUUGGACACGCGCAAUCAGAAAUAAAUCGAACACAUCACAUAAAAUGGUGGUCGAUCCAAAUCCUUGCAGUUCACCGAGGUUUGUAAUCAUCGGAUUUAUUUCUUUGGUUCAUUUCGCCUCUAUUGUUAAUUCUUUCGAGAUUUCCUUCCCCAUCGCUGGCAUUAAUAGUGGCGUGAAGACACAAAGCAGAACAAAACUAAAACUUACACCAUUUACACAUACAAAGGAGAAAUUCCAAAGGAAAUGGCCCUCGUCGCUUCAAUCAAAGGCAACAUCCUUUGUUGACCAACAUCCACAAGAUUAUGACCCAGAGAAUCGUUUGGUCACUUCCUUGUCGUUCUUUCCACGCACCUCAUCUUCUCGAGCAAAUACUCUAAAACUCUGGCUGUCUUCUCAGGAACCAGAAGAUAUCGACAUAGAUGCCGGGGAGGAGAAAAGGAAAGAAAACAUCAAUGCUGCACAUGACGAAUUGUAUGAAUUCUUAACGGGACGAACGGGAGGUGCUGGAGCAGAACGGGUUCGCAAGAGGGACCAAAUUAUGGAGUUUAUGGGUCGCAGUAGCAGUGGGGAAGCAAAAAAUCUUGUUCAACCCCUUCGCAAGGAGGACGGCAAGGUGGACAAAGAAUUGGUAAGCCAACAGCAACAGGAAGAACGAGAACUACGAACCAAAGUCAAGUUUGAUUCCCUCUUCUCAGGAAUGCCCACCCUAGAAGAAAUUGUAUCCCGGAGUCCAACCGAGAAAGAGAACAUAACGAAGGACAAAACAACGACCAAGAAGAAAACGAGAAUGACGGAUGACGACGACUUUUCGUGGUUCGAACCCGAGCGGGAGCGAAUCGAACGCGAAUACGACCAGCUGCUUCAAGAAACAAAGCGACGCAUACGUGAAGAACGCCUCGAAGAAGAAGAAGUAGAAAGGCUGAUUCAGGCCAUAGCUGAAAGUGAGGAUGACGCGGAGGAUAUCGAUGGCAUAAGUCAACCUUCCAGCAUACCAGACAACGCCGAAAAUAUUGUCGAGUCCAUCGUAUCACAAGAAAUGAAACGCAUGAUCGAAUCCGUGCAGCUGGAACGAGCAAAGCAACGACUGCAAGCUUUUGAGUCGGAACGAACAUCGGAGCUUAAUGCGAGGGAUUACCAAGGUGUCACAGACGACGUAGUUGAUAACAUUUUCAAAGAAACAGCUGAUCAGUUGGAACAGAGUGAAAUAUUGAAAGCCGGUGCCGACAAUUAUCAACAGUACGAGCGCCUUCGACAACAGGAGGCUUCAUUUAAAGAAGCACAGGAGGAUCAACAAAAUGUUCCCGAAGAUGGUGCAGAUUUGGACAACUGGACCCUUGACAGACUGAACGAAAUGCUGGAAAAAUCCGAAAAUAAUGAGGACGACGAUGGAUCCAUCACCGAUAUUUUAGAAGAGAAUAUCGAAGAACUUCGGAAGCAAAUCGAACGAGAAUCCAAAAAAGGCUCUAUCGAACCACAAACCAUGAAGGAGUGGCAAAUGUAUCAAGCUAUUGGUACGAGAUUGAUGAAAGAUCAGAUGAGGCAAAACCUUGACGCUGGAAGCGGCUUAGAUGGGUUCAAUGCAAUUAUGAACGGCGGUGGCGAUGACGAUGAAGAGAGCAGUGGUAUGAGCAACGUUGACGAAGAGCAGGUUACGCAGCAACUGGAUUCCUGGCGCGAGUAUAUCGAAACAGAAGACAAACUUAGACAAAAAAUUGGCCUCAAGAGCGGUUUCGAAUUACCAUUUGGAGAUCUCGGAACAAAAUUGGACCAGAUCGAAAUUGAAGCAGAGGCCGAAGAAUCCGCACGGAGGGAAAGUGAAAAAGCAAACGCGGGAAAAUCACGUCGCGAAGUACGGCGCGACGUCAACAUACAAGCAAUCGAAGCAAUGGAGGAUCUUAUACGAAAAAGUGAUGGCCGUCGUGCUGAGUUCCUAAAGAAACAAUUGGAAGAAAUAAAGGAAGGAAUGGAAGAAAACGACUACUACGAUACAGAAGAAGAAGAAGAAGAGUUAGUCUCACUAGAUCCAGUUGAUCUAACUGGCGUUUUCACCCAGAGUACAGAUGAUAUCAUAGAAGAAAAGAAAGAGGAGAGCACCUUUUCCUCCGAAGAUAUGGAUGGCAUUAACAAACUAUUAUCUUUUUCCGGAACCGAACCUCAGUACACCAAAAAAGCGGAACCCCCAGAAGAAUCGAUUCCAAAACCCGAACCACCCAAUACUCCAUUUUUCUCUGAUUCUUUUUCCGACUCAACUGAAACUCAAGCCCCCGUCCCUGAUACACCAUUCUUUCAAGACAAUGAGGUCAUCACCGAGGAAGAAGUUGUUGAUGUAGAAAAUAAAUUGGGAAGUGCCGAGGAACAAAGACUUCAAAGAAUGUUUCGUAAGGGCAACGUGCGGUCAUAUGCCGAACAAGAUGAAAUUCGGAAAAAAUGGGAAGAAUAUCAGGAGUAUGAAAAGGGAAUCCGAGACAAAUCUGGAUUGAGCAAAAAGACGGACGAAGACGACCCCUCUCCGUCAUUGACAGAAGGUGUAGAACUCCAAUAUGACCCAACAGAUGUUAUGAAUGAAGAUGGUGAUUUCGAUGCCGAGAAAGUUCUAUCAACAAUUGGACCGCGGCCUACCAAAACGAAGAAAACCCCGGAAUCAGGAAGUGGCACGCCCGCGACUAAGCCGCCUGGUGUAAGCGACAAUGCACAAUCCGGCGUUGAUUCUUCCGAUGUCGCCGAUGCAAUUUACCGAUCGGUCUCGGCUGCUGGUGGGAUCGGAAGGGAGGACAAAGCUACCAGAGAUAAAGAUAGAGCUGAGUACGACGCUUAUUUGAAAAAGGAAGAAGAACUGAAAACAGGUUUGGAUGAAUUAGAAAAUGAACUAGACGAUAUCGACCCAGAAGUUUCCGAGUUUGAAGAAAUGGAUAUCGAUGAUCCAGAUUACGUCGAAGAGGUUUUAGAUUCCCGGCCGGUUGUGAAUCGGAAACGGAAGUUCGAUGAGCGAGAGCUUAGUGAUAUGGGGGGAUUCCUUGCUGGCUCGACUGAUGCAGAGGACAGCGAAGAUAGCGACAGCAUUGAUGGCACAGAGUUUGAUGAUAUUGUACCUGAUUGGUUGAAAAAGGAGAGAGAAGCAUCAGGAAAAACGGAGGGAAAAAACCUAUUUCGCAAGAGAGACAGAAAAACGACAGGAAGAAGCGAAGGAAAAGGUAUUGGCGGCGCAUUUUUAGGGAACAACGAAGUAUCCGAUGAUGACAAUUACGAUACAGAAAGUCUCGAGGAAUAUGAAAAACGUCGUGCAGGUCAACGCACUAACAUGGGUAUCGAUAUCAGGGAUGCUCUUGGGAGACGGGGACCAGACGACAACUUGGACUAUAGGUCCAGUACUGAACGAAAGGAAGGUKGUUGGGGAGCGAAAGAUUUCGAAACCCGGAAGGCCAAGUUAUUGGAUUACAUACAGCUCGAUCCUUCGGAAUUGAAUAGUCUGAUUGCUCUCAAAGAUUCUGCAUAUGCGACUGGUGCUUCCCAGUACCUCCCCAGGAUCAAUAAGCCUUUCAAGGAGUUUGGAGCAAUAUUCAGGCUUGAAGGUGUACUCGUUGAUAUCACAGGAUUGCAGCAGAAAGCGUGGAAUCGUGUUGCCGCUGAAUUUGGAUUGGAAGAGCCUUUUCUUGAAGACGUACGCCGCGCAGCCGUACUAAAACCUGAAGAUGCAGUAAAAGAGGUUUUCUUUACUUCCAUGGGUGACUUCAUUUUGGUCCGAAGAAUCGUGGAUGCGUUUCGGCGAAUUUUCAGACAAGAAUUCAAUGCAUGGGCAACUACUGAAGGUUUCGCUUCAGAGAUCGAAGGACCAAAUGCCGACAGUACCUCCAGAACCAAUUCUUUUGCUAUUGGAUUCGAAGAGAAAGUGGAUGAAAUAGUCGAGCAAGAAAUUCAAACUAGAUCACCAUCGGACGAAGGAAGCAGAUUAAGGUACCUGCAGGAAGCAUGGGCGAAGACAGCAAAUCAAUUCGGCCUUGCACCCCCAACGAACGAACAAAUCGCUGAGAGUUCAAUAGUGACCCCAGAUAUUGCGGUGAGCAAUAUUUUUGGAUGGUCUCAAGAACAGAAACAAAUUAACAAGAUCGUGUCCGCUUAUUCUAUGCUACAGGCAGGGGGAAACAUUUCUUUCGACGAAGAAAAAUCUAUUUCUGCCUCACCAAGUGUUCCUACCAACCGACCUCUUUCCCGCGAAGAAAUCACGGAUGAGAUGAUUCUAGAACUUCAGUUCAUGGCGUGGGGGGACGUUGCGGAAGAAAAUUCGCUAGAUGUUCCAAACCCAGAAGAGAUAUUGGCAGCUUCUUCAAUAAAUAAUCCAGAAAUUACCAUACUCGAUGGAUUUGGUUGGACAAGUGACCCUACUUUGGCAGCCGAAUUAGCUUCAAGUUAUGUCGACUACCUCAGCGAGUAUAUUAACAAAUAUAUACACAAUCGUGACUACACUCCCGUACCAAGAGAAAGUAAGGUGGGAGCGACUGAACCGACUAUGGGUAGGGACGAUCCAGCAUUUCAGAUGGCAACAGAAGAAGAAAAAGCAAUUUUAUCGAGGCAAACUGAUGCUUGGACGGAAACUGCAGCAGCAUUUGAUUUUGAUACUCCUACAAUAGAGCAGAUAUUGUCAGUGGCCCAUAUGACUCCUGAAGACGCAGUUAUUAAGAUACUGUUGACGAAUUUCAAUAUUGAAGAGUGCGACGUAGAGCAAGAAGACGAAUUUUAUGAAUUACUUCCAGAUAUCAUCGAGACAUACGAGUUCGCACUGAAGAAAUCCUCGGCCGGAAGCAAUGCGGUGGCAACAGGCGCAGCAAUAGUUGAGGAUGGUAACAAUGCAUCGAUAAUCCCAACUGAAGACGAAAUUUUGGAGCAAAAAUUCACUGCCUGGAAAGAGACAGCUGAAGAAUAUGGUUUUAACGCCCCUUCAGCGGAGCAGAUUAGGUCGACAACCAACAUGCCCGUUGAAGAUAUCGUACACAAGUUGAUUCUGAUGAAUAACGAUAUUGACAACUGUGCUUCGGAUCAAGUAGAAGAAUUUUACGAGGUUUUACCAGAUAUUAUCGAGGCUUAUGAGUUGGCGCUUGAACAAUCCGCCACAAGUUACUCUUUCAACCCCGAAGGUGCCGCUGAAUCCAUUACCGAUUCUUCAAGAGAAGUGAGCCAGGACGAAAUAUACUGUGCCUCUUUCGAUUCAUGGACCAGCGUUGCAUGGACAUUAGGAUUUCGUCUACCGACUCAGGAGGAUGUCCAAUUUGCAAUGACUGUAGGCCCCAAGGAAGCUAUUAUGGGAGGCUUCGGCUGGACCAACAGCGACGAAGAGGCUGCAAAAAUUGUCGAGCAGUACCUGAUUCAGAUCAAGGCGAGACGCGACGAGUGGGUCAAGAAGGGAUACACAACAACCAUUGAGUUCGACAACAACGACAUCGAACAGGACGAACUGCUGCCCGUAGAGGCCAUGCCGGAUGUACUAGACUUGAUCAGGUCCCUGAAAAAGGUCGAAAUGGGACUGGGCGUCGUCACCAACCUGGAACGAGACCAGAUGAAAAUAUUGCUCGACUAUGCCGGGUUGUCGGAUCUCUUCCCCGAAGGCAACCGGGUGUCGUAUUCCAACGGGUACCUCCUCGACAGCCAGCAGCUGCUGGGAACCUCCCUGCGCAUCGAGCGGCGCCCCGACCACUGCGUCGUCUUCGAUUCGAGCCCGGCGGCAAGCGCGGCGGCCCACGAGCACGACAUGAGAAGCGUGGCGCUGAUCGGCGCCUUUCCCCGCUACGAGCUGCUCGACGCCGACACCUCGCCCCUCUCGGUCACCGAGCUGACCGCUACGAACAUCCGGCGGCUCUUUGGGGAGCGCAUCUACGACAAGCCCAUGCUCGACACGGAGGGCGAGAACCCCCUGGAGGCCGGCAAGCAGGUGAAAAUCAAGACUCAGUUCGAGGGCGACGAAUAGAUCGACGGCGGCAGCGAUUCAACGAAACUCAUCAUGCACAUAAUAUUAUCGAACAGUUUUGUUACAUGAAUACAUCUAAAUAUGAUAG